AUGAGAGCAACGUUGGUGUGCGCGCUGGCCCCCUUCUUCCUGCGUGACUUUCUCUUUUUCAUUCACAACAGAAAGGCAUCCUUCGGCUCGUUCAGGACGAUGGAGCCCAGAGCGGUGAGCGGCGACGCGGGCGAGAUGGAGGUCUUCGUGCGGCCGGAGAGUGCCCAGUAUAAAGCGUUCGGACGGCCGCGGAACGACCUGGUGCUGAGAGUCAUCGAGAACAAGGCGGAGGGGCGGGCGCUGGAGAGGAUCCCCGUGUGGUUCAUGCGGCAGGCGGGCCGCUACCUGCCGGAGUACCGCCAAAUGAGAAGCAAACACGAUUUUUUCGAGAUGUGCCAGGAUGCAAAUCUCUCCUCCGAAGUGACCAUCAUGCCCCUCAAGCGAUUCCCAUGUGAUAUGUUGGUCGUCUUUUCUGACAUUUUAAUCGUUUUUGUGGCCAUGGGGAUUAGCAUAACCUUUAUUGAAAGCGUGGGGCCUACCUUUGACCAGAGGGUUACCUCUUUUGAAGAGUUCCAAAGGGUAAGUCUCCCCCUGGAGGAGGUUAUAAAGAAUCUGCACUACGUGUAUGAUGCUAUCAAUUUGACGAAGCAAAAAAUUAACAACGCAGUCCCCAUUUUAGGGUUCGCAGGAUCUCCAUUUACUCUCUUUACGUAUUUAACUAAGAAUAACAAGAGGACCUAUGAAGAUAGCAUUAGAAUGAUUUAUGAAUGCCCGGAGGAUGUUCAUAAGAUUCUUGGCAAGUUAAGCGAUGUGUGUGUAAGUCACCUGGUCAACCAGAUUGACAGUGGAGCAAAUGUGGUGCAGCUCUUCGACAGUAAUGCAGAUGUUAUAGACACCCACUUAUUUGCUCAUUUCAGUUUGUUCUACAUAAAAAGAGUCGUCAACACGGUAAAGAAAUUGAGACCACAUGCAUUUAUCAUUUUAUUUCUGAAGGAGAAUUUCCACCCAGAUGUGAAGCACCUACACAUUGAUGUCCUCUCCAUUACGCAUAAGCAGCUUGCCAUGAACUCCUCCAGCUUUUUCUACAAUCUGUUUGACGGGAAAAUUAUCCUCCAGGGGGCGCUAGACCCUCACAUUAUGCUCCUGCAGGAUGAGGAGCUCGUCUCCCAGCAUACAUCCCAAAUGAUAAAUCAAAUUCGCCACACCAACAAGUACAUUGCAAACUUGGGCCACGGGAUGCUGCCCGGCUCGCGCGUCGAAAAUGUGCGCGCCUUUAUCCGCGCCGUGGGGGCGCACCUCCCCGCGCGGGGUGAGCGGCACGGCGGUUAG